CAGCAGUGGCCAGGAAGGAUCUGACCCCUUUGGCCGGGGCACAGCGACAGGUGGGCUGAAAGAUGAGCCACUAAACAUGAUCCUGAGCGCAGGGCCGGAGCUGCUCCGUUUCAGCCCCUCCCAGCGUGAGCAUGACUGCGCAGCUUUAGCUUUAUAUAGCGCUGUGGGUCCUAUAUAAGGGGGAAGUGCCCGGUCACGGGGAGCACAGGGGCGGCGGCGGCGCUGGAGGAGACUGCAUGUGCUGUCCGAUCCAAGCCGGACACGUCCCUUCCCCGAGCAGCAGGGUCCCCACGAGGCGGACCCGCCACAGCACCCAGGAUGCCCAGCAGGACCAGCCGCUACGCCCGAUACAGCCCACGGCAGCGGCGCAGGCGGCUGCUAGCCGAUCGCAGCGUGCGCUUCCCGAACGACGUCCUGUUCUUAGACCACAUCCGCCAAGGGGACCUGGAGCAGGUAGGCCGCUUUAUCCGGGCUCGGAAAGUCGCCCUGGACACCAUCCACCCCUCAGGCCUGGCCGCCCUGCACGAGGCUGUGCUCUCUGGAAACCUGGAGUGUGUGAAGCUGCUGGUCAAAUACGGGGCUGACAUCCACCAGCGGGACGAGACUGGCUGGACACCCCUGCACAUCGCCUGCAGCGACGGAUACCCAGACAUAGCCAGGUACCUCAUUUCCCUGGGGGCCGACAGAGACGCAGCCAACGACAAUGGAGACCUGCCCUCAGACCUCAUCGACCCAGACUUCAAGGACCUGGUGGAGCUCUUCCAAGGGACCAAGAUGGACUGAGCCCAGCCCUGCCCUCCCAGGGCUCUGGCCCUCCCUAGAGAAGUUGGGUGCCCACCUCCCCCAGGCGCUUGCACCUGCCCUAUCGGUCCGGCCCGGACCCCCGUACCUGGGCACAACCCCCACCCCGCACACUUCUGGCCUGGCUUUUUCUUCAGGUGAAUUUUUUAUUGUGACACUUUUUACUUUUUCAAUAAACGUCAUUCCCUAGCCCCUGGUGGUAGCCUGAUUACUGGGGACGGGACGGUGCCAGUUCCCCCGCUUCCGGUGGUCAGCAGGCCCUGCUAUCCAUGCCAGGCUUGGGGGUCCAGGGGACAGCGCCAGCGCAGCGAGCCAGAAUCUCGGGGCUCCCGGCUCUGAGGCCUCCGACCGCGCCAGCCCCGGACCCCCAGGACCCCGCCGUCCCCAGGCCCUCAGCUGCGCUCCCCGGGGCUCCGCAAC